GCAAGAUGGCGCCGGGCGUGACGGGAACCUCCCUCGUCGACGCCAUAGAAACGGAAAUCGAGAGGGCGAAGCAGGACUUAAAAGGCGUCGAUGAGAACUUGAGGAAGCUAACGGGCAGGGAUUUUAAUGACCCGAACCAGCGUGGAGAGCAGCGGAGAGUACGCCUAUCCUCUGGUGGGAGAGAUGAAGAGCCCCCAGCCAAGCGAAGACCCCCAGGGGGGGUCUUUGCCAGGCUGGGAGGAGUGGUGCAAGAUCAGCAGCAUGUUGACCACAGAGGGAAGCCCCGAGAUUUUCGCGGGGAGCACCGUCCCACUCCAGACUUGAGGGGAGACUUGCGUGCGGAAAUCCAUGGGGAUAUGCGAGGCAGACGAGUGCAGGAAGUGGCUGAGGAGGAUGAGAAGAUGCCUAAGCCAUCUCUGCCUUCGUCUGUGGCUCGCCCUCAGGCAGACAUGAAGUCCCGCACAGAAGCUGCAGCAGAGCUUACCAAGGAUAGAGCUUCUCGGGACAGGAACCGCCGCAUGUUUGGUGCUCUACUUGGUACUCUCAAGAGAUUCAAGAAUGAUGAAGCAAAGCAGAAAGAUAAGGAAGAACAGCGCGCUGCCAUUGAGAGAAAGCUGGAAGAAAAGGGUCGUGUGGAAAAGGAAGAGCUGCGCCGAGAACGACUAGAGCUGAUCAACCAGAGGCAGGAGAGGAAGGCACAAAUCAAGCGUCUCACUGUCAAGAUGGCCCGUGUGAAGGAGCACGAGCAGUGGGAGGCACACCAGAUGAAAUUAACCAGAUUCAUAAGAACCAAGUCGACGCCCUCCAUCUUCUGGAUCCCUCGAACCCACAAUGCCAAGACCACUAGCCUCGUGCGAGCCUCACACGAUAACAUCAUGAAGGAACUCGAAGAGGACCGUCUCCGGAUGAAGGAAGAGCUGGAGGAGAUACUAGGGUCACGUGCGGAGGAUGAUCAGGGCGAGAUGGGCAGGGAUGGCGCAGAGGGGGGGGAGGAGGAGGAGGAGGAGACCUACGUGCACAGGGGGGUCCGCUCAGCCGUCGCCAGGCAGGGGGAGGGGGGUGUCAGUACCUCUCUUGAUAACUGUCCUGAUUUGUUAGAUUACGAGGCUGAGGAGGGAGAGCUAGUAUAUGGUGAGGCAGACCUGUCAGGUAAGGAUGAUGACGACACUGAGCGUAUGGUAGUCCAGGUCGACGGCAGGGGAGAAGGUGCUCGAAAGGUAGAAAUUGUAGCUAGCCAGUCAGAGGAAGGCACAUCAGGCUUAGAGAGAGAGAGUAAGGGCAAUGAUAGUGAGAAGGAGAAUGAAGGUAAACUAAGGGAUGGGAGCAGGGAGAGAGAGAGGGAUAGGCACAAUAGGGAGAAAGAUAAGAAUAGGGAAGGGGAGAGGGAUAGGAAGAACAAGGAAAGGGGUAAAGAGAAAGAGAGAAUUAGAGAAAAGGAUAGAGAUAGGGAGAUGGAGAGAGAUAGAGGGAAGGACAGGAUUGGAGGGAGGGAUAAGGAGAGGGAGAGGGACAAAUCAAAGGAGAAGAGCAGAGAUAUAGCAGAGAGGGAAAAGAAUAGGGACACAGGCAAGAACAGAGAAGUACAGACCCUCUACAAUAAGGAGACGGAGCUGGAGGCCACGGUUGUGCAUGUCAAAAUAGAGAAAGACGACGAUGACGAAGCAGGGCCCAAGGCUUCUGAGGCUGCGCUCAAGAAAGUCAAGGAGGAGAAACCUGACAAGGCACCCACAAGCACAGCUGACAAGACUGAUGUGGAUGAGGCUUCCGUCCCCACCGAAAUGCCCCCCUUACCUCCUGCAUCCACAUUGCCACAGCCUCCAACCACUACUGCUCCACCUUCCCCUCCUCCUGCAGGCCCUGUACCUAGUGAGGAGGAGCAAAAGGAAAGCCAAACAGAAGAACCUGAGAGAAUGGAGGAGAGCAGCAGCCACAAUAAAGAUGAUGAAUCAUCUGCAUUGACCCGCAGUCCAACAAGUGGGAAAGAUCCGCCUCCCACAGAGAGCAAAAACACCCAGGAUAAGAAUGACAAGGAAGGCGAAGCAGAGGUAGGUAAAAAAUCUUCAUCCAAGUCCAGACAUAGCAGGGAUGAAAAGGCAAAAGCACAGAAAGCACAGAAGAAGCUCGAGAAAAGGAAGAAGAAGGCAGCAGGUGAAGAAAAGAAAAAGAAGGGUGAUGACUCGGGCUCGUCAGACAAUAGCAGUAGUGAAGAGAGCAGUGUCACUACUAGUAGCAGCGAUAGUAGUGAUAGUGGUAGCUCAGAUUCAGAGAGCUCGUCAUCCAGCUCUGGGUCAUCCUCUGGGUCUUCAUCUGACUCGGAGAGUGACUCCAGCUGCACCACUAGCUCUGGCAGUGACUCUGAGUCGGACCAGGAGAGAAGGAAGAGAAAGGUGAGGCGGAGAGGACGGGAGUCAAGAAGUGGGGAAAGCAGUAGUGACAGUGAAGGAGAGGGGGGAGAGAAGAAGAGCAGGAAAACAACAAAGAAGAAGGACUCCACAGAGCAUGGGAAGGGAGCGAAUGUAAAAAUAAAGGAGGAGCCACAAAGCGAUGAGGAAAAGGGCAAGAGAGAUGCAAAAGAAAAAAGUAAAGAUAAAGACACAAAGGGGAAGGAAAAGGAGGGCUUGAAAAUUAAGGAAGGGGAUAAGGAAAGGGAUAGGGAUGCUGUUAGACGAAGGGAAAGAGAAAAAGAGAGGGAGAGGGAGAGAGAGAAGGACAAAAAGAAUGUUAGGAGCAAAAGCAAGGAGAGGAAAAGGGAGAGGAGCAGGAGUAGGGAACGUAGAAGAGACAGGAGUAGGAGCAGGGAUAAAGAGAGGAAAAGUGACAGGAAAGAUAGGCGAUAGAUUUACUUCCAGAGGAGGUAGUAAGGGCAUUACUGGGGAGGUUGAUGCAGGGGGUUUAUUUUGAAAGGAGUCUUUUCAUUCUAAAGUGCUCUCUUUUAGUGAUGUUUGUAAAAAGUCAUUUCAUUAGACAAAGUUGGUAUAUAUAUGAACCAUAUACUAAAAGUGCUUAUGAGAAGUUGAAGAAGUUGAGCAUGAGCUUUAUACUUCCAUCUAAGCUAGUUAAAAAAAAAAGCCAUGGCUGAAUCUAUUAUCACCAUUUUCUAAUAUAAUAGAUUAAGUAGAAAUGUUUUGAAGAUUUAACAAAGACAUGUUUUUAAAAGUUAACAAUUUAUACUCCUUAUUGAUGAAAGUUAAUUCAGUCAUGGUUAAUAGAGGAUAAAGUUCUCUUAUUUUAGUUUCUUUAUAUACAGAUAUAUAUUUUUUUUCUCUUUUUUUUUUCUUUUUCUUUUUCUUUUUUUUUUCUCUUUUUUUUAGUUUUAAUUUAUCUUCUUUUUUAUUGAUACCAACUUCUUUUCCAGUACAUGUUAGAUUUUUUGUGAAAUAAAAAUGAUCCCACAGGA